AUGGCAGCGAAGGGGGCAAAGGAGACUCUCGUGAAUAAACUGGGUUUUAAAAGCAGCAGCAGCUCAAAGUCAGUGGAGAUGGAGAUCGAGAAACUGAAGAGAGAGAACCAGCAGCUGAAGAAAAGUCUAGAGGACAUGAAGAGAGCUGGAAAACAUCAAAACAAUCAUUCAGACUCUGACAAAGCCAAACUUCUGGAGAGGAUCCUGGCCCUGGAGACGCUGAGGGAGAGGAACUCCCAGCAGCUGCUGGGGAAGGAGCAGGAGAUCUGCGGCCUCAGACAGCAGCUGCGCGCCGCUCACGGGGAGGUGGUGUCUUCACUGCAGAGCCAGCUGGAGCAGAAACAACAGGAGGCUGAACAGAGAGAGAAACAGUUCCAGGCUCUCUCAAAGGAGAGCGAAGACCUGAAAAACAAGUAUUGUGCAGUUUCUGAGAGGUGUGACACACUUGAGAAACAAAAGGUUCCAUCUGGUGAGCUUGUGGCGGUGCAGGAGCAGUUGCGAGAUGCUCUAGAGAAGAACCAUAACUGGCUUGUUUAUGACCAGCAGCGUGAGGCCUACGUUCAGGGCGUCUUAGCUAAGACCAAGGAGUUAGAGACGCAGUUAAAUGAAGCAAAUCAAGCACUCCAACAACAGCACAAAGAAGCCAGUUCAGAUGGCCAGUCUGGGCAGGAGGCUCAGCGUGAGCUGGAGGCCGAACGGGCCCGGGUCAGCCGGAUCCAGGCGGACCUUGAGGAUCUGAGAGGGAAGUAUGAGGAGAAGAGCAGGGAAGCGGCUCAGGCCCGAGAGCAGCUUCUGGAGGAGAGGAAAAGAGACCGGGAGGCUCUGCAGGAGGAGAGGAGGUGUUCAUCAGAGCGAACUGCUCGACUGCAGGGUGAGCUGGAGGACGAGAGGAAGAGGGUGGCUGAACUACUGAUGCAGGUGAACCUAUUACAGAAAUCCCUGAUGAAUCGGCAGGAGGAGCAGAAAAGAAUCGCUAUAUUGGAACAACAGAUCCAUUUGUCAGCUAAAGAAUCCGAAAAUGAAAAACUAGACCGUCAAAGUUUACAGCACCAACUGCACAAAGUUUUGAAAGAGCUGCGGAAGGCCAGAGACCAGAUUACACGCCUGGAGUCUUCCAAACAGCAGAGAGAGUCUCGUUUCUCUGAGCCCAGCUCAUGUAACAGGAUGGAUUUUGAAAGAUUGACUAUUCAAGAUCGAACCACGUCUCCAUCUAAAGUUCAUAACAUACUAGAUGAGAGUGUCCUGGAGUGUCCGAACUGUGGCGCUUCCUACCCCACCAGCCAGCACAGAGAGCUGCUCGCCCACCUCGACUACUGCUUCAGCUAAAUCCGCUUCACAUCACAUGCUUCUUUCCACUGUGUGUAUAUAAACGCCAUUAUUUAGAGCGAUUUUGUCUUGGUUGAUUGUAGUCACCAUUCCAAAGAAAUGUUUCAGUAUUUUAUAUGAACUUUUUUUUUUUUUUGUUUUUUUUUUAAACAAAGUAUUUUUAAAUUCUUGAAUUUGAAAAGUUUGAAGAGACUUUUCUUUUAUUCUUAAAAGUAUUUGUUUAUAUGGGGCAUAUUUAAAACAUUUUAAUUUAUGAAUUCAAAUAUAUGUUAUUUUCUUAGUUCGCUUUUGGUGACCAGGUUGCUCUUUGAUAUGCAGUUUGCAUACAUGCAAUAAGUAAUAAUCAAUAUUCAACAUUUUAAAUCAGUAUUGUACCUAAACAAUAACCAUUUUUCACACAGUCCUUCACUGAAUUGUCUACUUGAAUAAAAGG